UUGUUGACGAAAUUAAUAUUUCCAAAUAUUGUGAUGCACUGAAAAGGGACAAAAACAUUUUGUCUGAUCUAAUAACUGAUUGCCAUAGUUAUCAGGAAAUUCAGAUAUGGCUCGAAGGCAGAACCCUUCCGCUAAGAAAUCUAGCCUUUCUCAGUAUGGUCUCCUAGACCUUGGCAUGGAUGAUGAUGAUGAGCCCAUGGACAUUUCUGAUGAUGAUAUUGACCUGGAGGCCGAGCUGGCUGCCAUCAGUGGUGGAGGUGCUAAGCGGCCAAAGACGAGGAAACUGGCCGUGCCUGCUGUAAACCUGGAUGCCAUGAUAGCGGAGAGCUUGAAGGAUAUCCCUUCUGAUGAGGAAGAUGGGUCUGAUGAUGAUGACCCAGACCUGCUCAAUGAGCUACAAGAGCUGACAGUCUCGGACGAGGCUCCACCCCCGCCACCCCGCUCGUCCCGCCCCGCCCCGGCCCCACCAGGCGGUGCUAGCAGCAUGGUCACUUUGCUCAAUGAGAGAAUAGCUAAUUAUACACUGGCCGAGAGCAAUGCUAAAGCUAAGGGCGAAAGCAGUCGUGCUAGAAGGUUUUCACGCGGCCUCAAGACUCUAAACGACUUGCUAAAGCAAGCCAAAGCUGGUCGACCAAUCAACGAAGAGGACAUCCCGCCCCCUGUCAGCACCGGCCAGGCCAACCCUGCCCCCUCUUCACCACCUUCCCUCCCCCCUCCUAGCCAGCCUCCGGUAGAGGAGCCAAGUGCCCCAGAGCCGAGUCUACCUGAACCGCUGAAGCCAAGUCUGCCCGAACCUCUGAAGCCGACGGUAGUGCCGGUCGCCCCAGUGAGCGUCAAUGCUGAGGUUGAUCCAGAGAAAGCUAGAGGACAGCAGAUUAUUUUGAAACGCAAAGCGGAGUUCAAAGCGGCGGCCCUAGCGCACAAGCAGACCGACAAACCCCUAGCCCUAGAACUGCUCAAGGUGGUGAAGCAGUUCGACAUGGUUCUAGACGCGUACAACGCCGGCACGGAGAUGGACCUCGGCGAACUGCCCACCCCUGAUGCCAUCAUACAGGGGUUUAGAGCGCAGAAGACGGAGAAUGAGGUGCAGCAUUCUGCAGAACCGGCGCCUGCCCCUAUGCCUGAAGAAAAUCCGGGGCUGAUCACCGCUUCGACAGUCGAAGAGGCGCUCAAGCAAAGAUUGGCAGUUUUCCAGGAGCAAGAGUCAAAAGCCAAAGAGCAAGGCAACGCGUCCAAAGCCCGUCGUAUGGGGCGCAUAGUGAAGCAAUACACGGACGCGAUUCGUCUCCACUCUAUGAACAAACCGUUCAAUGCGGACGAGUUGCCGACGCCGCCCGGGUUCGCGCCGCUGCCGCUAGAUGGCGCUAAUACGCCAGCCCCGCCCCCCGCGCAGCCGUCCCCCCGCCCCGCGCCCCCCGCACCCUCCGCACGCCCCGCGCAGGCGACGCGCGCCGACAAGCAACUAGCGUUCUUAUUGCAACGACAGAAGGAGUUUAGAGAGGCAGCGUUGAAGGCUAAAAAGAAUGGCAACAUAGCAGAGGCGAAAGAAUACCUCCGAGCGGCUAUCGGGUUUGAUUCAGUGUUGGAGGCAGCUCGCGGAGGCCUAGCAGUUGACUUGAAGUCACUGCCCGUGCCGCCGUCCGUCAAGCCACAGCUGGAGAAUACUUUCGACAUAGUAUCAGCAGAAGAUUGUGAACCGCCCGACCAGACCUCCCCGAUAACUCUAGAAGACGGUGACGUCAUCACUCGCCUACAACAACAGUUGAACUCUCAGUUGAAGCUGUGUUUAGCCAACAGAGACCAUUAUAAAGCGAUGGGCAAUGUGGCCGAGACGAAUAGAUUUGAGCAUUUAGCUGUCAGUGUUAAACAGGACUUGGAUGUGGUGGCUGUUGCUAAAAGACUAAACCAAGACCCACCAAAGUUCCAUUACGAAUCAAAGCACUUCUCUGUGAUACAAUGCAAUACGGACCUAAACGAGAACGACUUAGAGUUGACAAUCGUGCGAGGCAUCGCGUACAACGUGCCUAACCCUAAAGAAGUCGAUACAUACGUGAAGUUUGAGUUCCCUUAUCCACCGGACGUCGGAGUGACAGACAAGACCCCGCUAGUAAAAGACAGCAACAGCCCCGCGUACGGCGCCGUGUUCCCGCUCGCGAUCCAGCGCGCCGCGCGCCCCUGCACGCGCGUGUUCAAGCGGCACGCGCUCAAGCUGCACGUGUACUCCUCUGACUGGAGCGCGCUCUGUUGUUGCAGAGGCUGGUUCAGCAAGGAUGCUCUACUCGGGACAGUGACGGUGAAACUGGCACCGCUGGAGAGCCAGGUCACGCUGCAUGAGGCGUUUCCGUUGAUGGACGGUCGCCGUCCCGCCGGCGGCUCGCUAGAAGUGAAGCUCCGGGUUCGAACCCCGAUUCUGCAGCAGCAGUUCGACAACUCCACGCACCGGUGGCUCGUCAUCGACAACUGAGCCUGUAACUCUUAGGGGAUAAGGUGCAAACUCGUCUGUGAAAUGGAGGCUUGUGAGAAAGGUAAUUUUUGAGUUCUAACUGUAGUAUAAUAUACUAGUAUUACCACAAAAAACAAAAUAAAAAUGUUUAACAAGUGCUUAAAACGAAAUUUGACAGAUUUUGUAGGCGUUUGACAGCGCUAAACAUCUGUUAAAUAUUGUAUAAGUUUUUGUGGUAAGGCCCUAAGUUUGUAAAUUUGGACUAAGAGGUUGUCUCUGGGGUUGGAAAGGAAUGUUCAUUGUAGAUGGCAGCACUGUAGCUUUAACGUAAGAAGCCAUUUUGAGAACUUGAUAAUGCAAUUAUUUAAUGUUGCUCUUUCGAGUAACCUGUUUUUGUAAACAUACCAUGAAAGUAAUUUCUAUAAUCUAUUAUUUGUGAUUUCAAAACGGCUGUUUUUUCUAUUUUAUUUGGUAGCGAUUUAAAGAUGAUGACCUGAAGAUGGUAAACUAAAAUAAAUAUGUAUCUAAAUAUUUUUAGAGUUCCAAAACAUAUAAAAAUAACAAGCACGAUUAUUACGACUUCGAUCAGCACAGUGUAUGUUUAUGAAAAGCAUAAUAAAAUUAUACUUAGAUGUAACAUGUGAAUGUGAAUGUUAACUUAUAUACUACGACCAACUUCAAUAAAGGUUGCUAGUCACAAAAAAUGGCAUUGGUUCCGUAUUUAUAAUGUAAUAAAUACAAUGUUAUAUUAGAAUAUCUUCCACCCUUCAGCAACUAUAAAACAAAGAAAUUUAUGUCAUACCGAGAGUUCAUUUUCGGACUUUAUUUCCUUUCAUUGGGAUAAAUCAUAAAUAAAUAUGGUUUUUUUUCACUAAGUAUAUGGUUGAGUAUGUAAAGCUACCGUCCUAAUAAUAUUAAAUGUAUUUUGAAUGAAGUAUGCAUUAUUAUGAUUAUGUUUGAAAGUCACAAAACCAUUUAUAUCUUCGGACUACUAGGCAUAUUGAACUUUAUAAUAUUGGAAUGUAAUUGAAUUAAUGAUAAAUGUCAUUAUAAAUAUUAUAAUUAUUAUUUUUGUUAAAUCUGUAAUUAUGUAUAUACUAUUUUACCUAUAA